AUGGGGGUUUGGUUAGAGACUACUGGAGAAAUGAGAAUUGGAUUGAGUUUAGCCAGCAUUGUCCAGGAAAACAAGAGGUUGUCUGCUUCUCCAAGGAAAGGCAAGAGAAAGCUGGAGAAAGGCGGACCCAGCAAGGAAGAGUCGAUUCAGAGCAAAAAAAGCAAGAGCACUACUAGGAUGAAAACCCAAGAGGACAAGAAUGACAUAGAGGAAACUGGAAAAAAUGGUAGUGAAAUGGAAACAAAUGAGUCUGGAGGUGAGGAAAGUUGGAAAGAUGAGGACAUGGGUGCAGAGGAAGAUGAAGCUAAGGAUGUGUCCAGCCAAGAUAGUCCAAUUCACAGUGCUAGCUUAGGCAAUGACAACAGCCAGCCUAUGGUGGAGAAGGAUGAUAAGGUUAAUAAGGAAAAAGAUAUGGAUUCUGAGAGGGAGAAGGAUAAGGAACCUGAGAAGGAAACAACUAAGGAUAGUCUAAGUAAGGAUAAGUAG